AUGGCACGAAUCACUACACAACAGGAAAAAUGGCUGGCUUAUAAAUUUUUUUCUGAAAAAGUUGCAAUUUUUGACAGAGCUGACGUAUUGAGAGAGAAUGCAGAAGCUGUCUUUGCCGCUUGUGAUGCUGCUCAUGGAAGAUGGGCGAAGCUCCUUGGGGUCCGUGCUGUUCUUCAUCCUAGGCUGAGAUUGGUGGAGUUUUUGAGCAUAUACAACAUCACCCAAGAGUUUAUAACUGCCACUGAAAAGAUUGGUGGAAGGUUGGGGUAUAGUAUACGUGGAACAAUGCAAUCACAGGCUAAAGCUUUUAUUGAUUUCCAGCAUGAAAUGCGAAUGACAAAAAUUAGGGCAGUGCUUGAUCAGGAGAUGUGGGUGGAAGUAGAUGUCCCUGAUGAAUUUCAGGCUAUUGUAGCUUCGUUGUUUUAUUCUGAACCAUUGAUCUCCGAGGGCCUAAAUGAUAAUCAAGGUGAGACGACAACCAGCUAUGAUGACGUGGCCACAAGCAAUGAUGAUUCACUUGUGACUGACACGGAAGCACAAAAUGCUGAACAAACCCCUGUGGGAAUGAACUCUGCAGAGGUAUCUUUGCAAAAUUCUGUGCAAAAAAAAUCUACUCCCUCAACUGAGGCAACGGAAAACAAUAAAGUCACUGCUGCAACACCUUCAGCUCAGAGCAAAAAUCAUAACAUGAAGGAGCGUGGAAAAUCUACUUCUCAAACACUUUCUUGUGGUGGUGUUGGUUAUCACAUGGUAAACUGUGGCUUAAUAUUGCUGAAGAUGUUGUCAGAAUACAUGGAUAUGAAUAAUUUUUUGCCAACGCUAUCUUCAGAAGUUGUUCAUCGUGUUGUGGAGAUUUUAAAAUUCUUCAAUACAAGGACUUGUCAACUUAUUCUUGGAGCUGGUGCCAUGCAGGUGUCAGGUUUGAAGUCUAUUACGUCAAAGCACUUGGCCCUUGCUAGUCAAGUCAUCGGUUUUGUAUAUGCUAUUAUUCCUGAAAUCAGGCGAGUUCUUUUCCUUAAAGUACCUGAAGCACGGAAAGCAUUACUGUUGUCAGAGAUUGAUCGAGUAGCACAGGAUUAUAAGGUUCAUCAAGAGGAGAUACUUACAAAGCUGGUUCAGAUAAUGAGGGAAAGGUUGUUUCAUCAUCUACGUGGACUACCUCAACUUGUUGAGAGCUGGAAUAGACCUGUAGAUACUGAUUCACAGCCUAGUCUGAUUGCUCAAACCCUUGUAAAGGAGGUUAAUUACCUUCAACGUAUCUUGUCUAGAACUUUACACGAGGCAGAUAUUCAUGCAAUUUUCAGCAUAUACUUUGGUGUCUAUGUUGUUCCAUGCUACUACUUUGGUGUCCAUGCUGUUUCUUUGGCAUGUUUCAUAUGGGAAAUGUUGUUGCAAUCUUGUAAUGGAAAAGAUGCUUUGUGGAAUAAUUUAUAUGAACCUGCUAAGCAAGUGGUUAUAAUCUUUCAUAAAGAAAUUUCAGAAGCAUUUUCAUGGGUAGAGAUCAGCAGUCCGCAAGCAAAGGGCAGGCUUCAUCGGGACAUUAUGCUUAUCCUUGGAUGCAUUAGAUCAUUACCUUCUGGUAGCUUGAGUGAAUCUGGUAUUCCCAACUGGGGACAACUUGAUGAAUUCUUGCAAGAAAGAUUUGAUUCUGAAGCUGGCUGA